GAGGGCCUUUGCUUGGGGAUGCGGAGAGGGCGAUUCCAGGCGAACCUGGACGAACUGCAUCAUACCGGGUUUCCGGAACCUGAGGCUGGAAGGCUUGCAGGAAUUGCUCUUGAAAAUGGAUUCAGGUGUCAUCUCUCACCGCAAGCAACAUUCAACGUUCCCACCCCAUCCGCCUUUGAGCUUCCCAAGGGCGUCCACUCCUCGUCUCUCUGCUUCCCGCUCGCGAGUACUGCGUGCAUACGUCCAGACGCUGCAUGUCAACUGAUCCCGCCCGAGCGCGUGCUUGGCAGAACCCCCGUCCUUCAACCCCGGUGCCAAGUGUGGAGGCGACGCAUCAGAUACGCUGAGACCUGACGAUCUCCACUAGCACCAGCCCAGCGUCGUUUUUGGUGGAGAUCGACCGUCUUCAAUCUCCUUUUUCAUUAACUAUCUUCAUCGCCAUGGCUUUUCUUUGCUCCUCCCACAAUAAUUAACCCACACUCUCUCUUCCUGUCCUCCUCCUCCCCCCCUCUUUCUCUUGACGCAACCCCCCCCUUUCGACGAGACGUCUAUUCGCUCCUUUCUAGCCAGAUGUCGAGCCUCGUGCUACCAAUCUUCUAGUUCCCCCGAAAAGAACCCCCCAAAAAAAAGGGAAAAUAAAAGAAAAGAAAAGGAGGCCUGAGGUCACGCUGACGACAACAUUACCGAGGCACCUCAUUUCUUGCCAUCAUUAAUGCAAAAUCGCACGCUCUCUUUCGAUUCCUGCCGAUGCCAUUUCUUAUAUCCUUCUUAGCCUCACUCUAUCGCAAGCUCGUCAUGGGAUCCGGGGGUUCGAGCGGCUCUGGCGGUGACAAUGGACGGAAUGUCAAAUGGGUCGACGGACUGCGCGGAAUGGCAUCCUUCCUUGUGCUCCUCACCCACCUGGCUCGCGCAUUCGACUAUAACUUGUUCAACGCUAGAGACACCGAAGAUGGCCCGAUUCGAUUGUUACAACACCCUGUCCUCCGUAUCCCCUGGCAGGGCAGAAUCGGCGUCACGAUCUUUGCCUUUCUCACCGGAUACGUCUGUGCGCUUAAACCGCUGAGGCUCUCCCGAGCCGGGAAUCACAAUACUGCCUUUUCUUCCAUUGCGAAAAGUGCCUUCCGCCGACCGAUUCGACUAAUAAUGCCCGCUACCAUCGCUCUCGUUCUGUCUUGGACAAUAGCGCAGUUCGGGGCGUUUACGGUCGGCAGAAGGUGUGAUUCGGGUUGGUUACGAUUUUCCAGCGUCAGCGUCAACCCGUCGUUUCUUCAUGAGGUUAAGAGACUGUUCCGGGUAUUCCUCGCUACUUGGACAAAUGGCCAUAUGGACUAUGAUGACCAUCAGUGGGCAUUGUUGCCGCUGCUCAAGGGCUCCAUGAUGGUCUACGUCACCUUGGUUGCCACGAUGUAUGUACAAUAUCGAUAUCGCAUGCUGGUGUAUGUCGGAAUGUAUAUGUAUUUCUGGCAAAAUCCUGCUGCAGACACAGAAACUUUUGGCCAGCAGUUUUACCUUGGAAUGUUCCUGUCCGACAUGGCCAACCAUCAACCUACGCAAUCUUUCAUUUCUUCUCGCCGCUGGACCCGUAUGAUUGUCUGCCUUGUCCUCGCCUCGAUCGGUCUCUUCGUCGCCUCCUACCCAACGCAUCAUGCCGAAUGGUGUGGCUGGUCCAACUUCCUCCUCCAGCUGUCAAAAUACAUAUUCCCUCGUGAGACCAACCUGGGCAAACGGUACACGGCUCUGGGAGUCGACUUAGUCAUUUUAUCAAUCUAUCUCUCUCCGUCCACAAAAGCUCUGCUCUCAAAACCUUUCUUCCUCUGGCUGGGACGCAACAGUUUCGCCGUCUACCUCACCCACGGCACACUCCUCCGUACCGUGCUCGUUUGGAUGAUCUACGGAAUAUCCGGUCAGCCAUGGAAAGAAUGGAAGAACGACAAAGGUGAGAUGGAGCACUCGCCUUUCCUCCCUAGGGGAUCGGGCCUGAAUUUUGCAAUCAGUAUUCCGACGUGGUUUGUUCUGGUCUACAUCGUCGCGCACUACUGGACGACGUAUGUGGAUAGUUUCUGUGCGCGCAUGACGCAGAAACUGGAAAAUUUUGUCUUUGAGCAGACAGAAAAGUCCCCAAUGAAUGGCCUUCCGAUGUAA